AUGGCACAAAACACUGAAGAAGGAUGCUUCGCUGUGACUUUUGAGCGAAAAUACUAUCACCGUGGAGACGCUUUCGUCAAGAGGAGCCUAAGGCCUAGAGAGUUCCGCACUGGAUAUCGCGGUCUUCACGUCCCUCGCCUGCGAAACGAGAGCCUCAGGAACGAAGCUGCAUCAUUGCGAUUUAUCCGUCAACACACGAAAAUCCCUGUCCCAACGUUAUACUGUGAUUUUGAAGAUGACGACGCCUAUUACUUGAUUAUGGAGUAUAUUCAGGGCGUGUCUAUGUCCGAUCUUUCGGAGGACCAGAAGUCUAUCGUACGUGAAGAGCUUCAGAACCAUUUAGCGACACUGAGAACCCUCAAGUCCAACCAGCUUGGAGGGCCAACAGGAAUCGUGAUUCCUCCACAUCGCAUUCUACGGCUCGUUGAUGCAGAACGUGCCGAAAAAAACACCUGGUGCUUACAACCAUCAAUUCAUGAGGAGUACGUCUUUUGUCAUAACGAUCUGUCGCAACACAACAUCAUCGUCGAUCCCACCACCCUGAAGAUAAACGCAAUCAUAGACUGGGAAUAUGCCGGCUUCUACCCGUCUCGCUUCGAGUACCCGUUUUAUCAUAGAGCCGGCCCUUCAUCCGCCAUAAACGACGAGGUUGACGACUCAAUCGAUUUACUUCAGUUCCUUCGGUCGAAAGCGGAUAAAGGCUAG